AUGGCUGCAGAUGCACUUUUCAAGACAGUGAAGGAGGAUGCUACCUGCUCCAUAUGUCUAGACUUGAUGACAAAGCCCGUGAGCAUUGACUGUGGACAUAGUUAUUGUCAGUCUUGCAUAAUGGAAAAUGUGGCAAAGCAACAGCUCAAUAAUAUAGAGACAUUCUACUGUCCUGUGUGUAUGUCAAAAUUUCAAAAGGAGAGCAUCCGGCCAGUCAAAGAGCUGGAAAACAUCAUCAGUUCAAUAAAGAAAGUAGAGCAGGAAAGUCUAUGUGAGGAACAUGGAGAGCUGCUCCAACUAUUCUGUAUUGACGAUGAAAGGAUCAUUUGCUUGCGUUGUGAGCGAACACCACAGCACAAAGGACACAGCACAGCUCUGGCUGAAGAUGCAUGCCGAAGUUACAAGAAUAAGUUCCAGGAGGCUGUGACCAAACUGAAGAUACUGGAAAACCAAUGUAAUAAUUGGAGCUCGGAAGCAAGUGAAGAAAAAAUUAAAUUGAAGGAGAGGACAGAGCUUCAGAGAAAUGAGAUACAGUCUGUCUUUAAGAAAUUUCACGUGAUCCUCCAGGAGGAGGAGUGGGGUGUUCUACAUCAACUGGAGGAACAAAACAAGCAAACUCUGAAGAAACUGUGUGACAAAGAGUCAAGUCUGGAAAUGCAGAGCCAGAAACUCAAGAACCACAUCCUGGAACUAGAGAAUAAAUGUCAGGGAUCAGCCCAGAAUUUGCUGCAGGAUGCAGCCAAGACCUUUCAAAGGAUUUCAUCUGUGAAGUUGAGUUCACCGGAGACCGUAUCUUUGAAGUUUCAGAUUGAAGUUUCUGAUAUUUACUUUAGUCUAAAGAAAAUUUUAGAGACCUGUCAUGUUAGCAUGACUCUGGAUCCAGAUACAGCUCAUCGUGAACUGAUUCUGACUGAGAAUCAGAGAAAAGUGACCCGUGGACGCCCUGAGAAGAAGAUUAAAACUCCUAGGAGAUUUACUGUCCCACCUUGUGUCUUGGGUUGUCAGACCUUCACCUCAGGAAGACAUUUCUUUGAAGUGAAUGUUCAGGAAAGCAUAGAUUGGGAUAUAGGAGUUUGUCUGGAAAGUGUACCAAGGGAUAAUACAGGACAGAGCCCUGAGAAUGGAUUCUGGGCUAUUAGUCGUAGCAGAAGUUUUAGUGGUUUUAGUGAGUAUUCAGUUGCUGGCCCCUUUCCCUCAAGGGCCAUUAGUUCAGAGAAGAUCAGUUGGCAUAUUGGGGUUUUCCUGGACUGGGAGAAAAGGCAUGUGUCCUUUUAUAAUAUGAAUACUAACUCUCACAUCUAUACCUUCGAGAACGUCACCUUCUCAGGACCCCUCAAGCCUUACUUCAGGGUUGGAUCCUGCCUCUUUUGGAAAAGACUAGGCAAUACUGAGGGCAUGGCUCACCAAACCUAUUACAAUAUUUUGUCUUUUGAAAAAGAAAAGGGAAAGAUGUCGGAUUAUAGUUCUCAACAUUUUAGGUUUAACAUUGAGGAGAUCUAUUGUUCUCACCCACAGUGUCCCCUCCUUAUCAGAAAAAGCAAAUUUAAUAGCUAUGGGCAGUUUGUUACCAUCCUGGACUCUGAACCCCCAUUAGUUUACUCCAGAAUGAACUUCCUUGUUGAAUCUUCAGUAAGUGCGACUUCAGAGGAGACUGACAGCAAAAAUGUGAGUGUCCGCAGUGUUGGGGACGUAGUGAAGAAAAUUUUAAGCGUAGAUUAG